ACGAUUAUUAUCAUCACCUAUCACCUGAACUUUCAAUCAUAAACAAAACAUACCAACCAGCUAGCUACUUCCUCACUGCCGUCCCUACUUCACGAUGAACAUCGCCGGAAUUUUUGCCGGAGUAUUCCUCCUCCUGGCGGUCUACUGUGGACUAGACCCCUUCAGGCAUAGUGCAAUUGUUGAUUUUCCCGACUUUGAGUCAGUCAAAGUUGAAAUGCCGCAGUGGUCUGAAGUGCCGAAGGAUAAAGACACUCAAAAUUUGCUAAGGAAGUCAGAGCUUAAGUUUUUGAAUCAAAUUCAAGGUCCGGAGAGCGUCGCUUUUGAUUCGCAUGGGCGUGGACCGUAUACUGGUAUUGCUGAUGGCCGGGUUGUCUUCUGGAACGGAAAUUCUUGGUCUGAUUUUGCAUAUACGUCUCCUAAUCGGUCAGAGAUAUGUGAUCCUAAACCAUCAAUUUUGGGCUACUUAAAAAAUGAGCAUAUAUGUGGGAGACCCUUGGGGUUGCGGUUUGACAAAAGAACAGGUGAUUUGUAUAUUGCAGAUGCGUAUUUUGGGUUGCUAAAAGUUGGGCCUGAAGGUGGGUUGGCCACAUCUCUAGUAACUGAAGCUGAAGGCGUUCCUUUGAAGUUCACAAAUGAUCUAGACAUUGAUGGUGAGGGGAACAUAUACUUUACUGAUAGCAGCGCAAAGUAUCAGCGAAGGAACUUCAUGCAUUUAGUUUUUUCCGCAGAAGACAGUGGUAGAGUUCUGAAGUAUGAUCCGAUCACGAAAAAGACAACUGUUCUUCUUCGCAACCUCCAGUUUCCUAAUGGCGUGUCUCUGAGCAAGGAUGGUUCUUUCUUUGUAUUCUGUGAGGGGUCCAAAGGCAGGUUAGUGAAGUAUUGGUUGAAGGGGGAAAAAGCAGGGACGUCGGAAGUGAUGGCCAUUCUACCCGGUUUUCCCGACAACGUGAGGACAAAUGAGAAUGGUGAAUUUUGGGUGGCAAUUCAUGCUCGCCGAUCCAUGUACACUUACGUAUGUGCCUUAUACCCAAAACUCCGAACGUUUAUGCUGAGACUUCCAAUCCCAGCAAGAAUGCAGUACCUGCUAAACAUCGGUGGCCAGCUUCAUGCCAUGGUCGUCAAAUACAGCCCAGACGGUAAGAUUCUACAGAUAUUGGAAGAUGCACAAGGUAAAGUUGUGCGAGCCGUGAGCGAAGUAGAGGAACGGGAUGGCAAGCUGUGGAUGGGGAGCGUUUUAAUGUCGUUUAUUGCAGUAUACGAGCUGGAUUAGCAACGGUCAUCAGCCAUCUGUCUUUCGAUACUAAUUAGGUGCGUGCUAUAUGUUUCUGGCCUGUAGAGUUAUUAUAUGUUGGUAGUAUGUUAUAUAACGACUUUCGACACAACAACUCAGAAGCGUGAUCCCGAUCACUGUGUUUAUGGCUUGUUUUUCGUCACACUAGUUGGUCUCGUUGAAUGGGGAGAUAAAAGGGACCCCCUUUCGCGACU